CUGCCCCGUCCGUAAGGACGCGAGAAGCUAAUUUAGGAUCGAGUACCGGGUGUCUCGGAGGGGUGGUCCUGAGCAUGGUCCUCAUGCCAGCAUGCAUGCGUGAAAGAAGAAGGGAGCCGGGUUCCCGAUUGCUCUUAACAGCAUGGUGCUGAUGGAGGUCAGCGGGCUGCCUGUGGAGCUGUGGCAGCUCAUCUUGUCCUACCUGUGCCUCCCUGACCUGGGCCGCUGCAGCUUGGUCUGCAGGGCCUGGUAUGAGCUCGUCCUCAGCCUGGACAAAACGCGCUGGCGGCAGCUCUGCCUGGGCUGCCUUGAGCACAGACACCCCAACUGGCCCAACCGGCCUGGCGUGGAGCCACAGUCUUGGAGAGAGGCCUUCAAACAGCACUACCUGGCCUCUAAAACCUGGACCAAAAACACACAGGACCCAGAGUCCUCCAACUGCCUCUCCCUCUUCCGGAGGAGGAAGGGCCGGCGCCGGCUCUGCAUCGGCGCGGGGGGUGAGUUUGGCAGCCUCCGGGCUGCCCUGGCUGCUGCCAGCUCCUACGACUGUCUGGUGCUGCUGCCUGGUGUGCAUGAGGAGCAGGGUGAGGUGCUGCUGAAGGUGCCCGUGGAGGUUGUGGGGCAAGGCAAGCUGGGGGACGUGGCACUGCUGGCGAGCAUUGACCAGCACUGCCCCACUGCUCGCCUCUGCAACGUGGUCUUCAUGCCGGCCCACUUCACCUCGGUGCUCUACAAGACAACCUCAGGCUAUGUUCAGUUCGACAAUUGCAACUUCGAAAGUGGGCAGCUGCAGAUCCAUGCACCAGGGGCAUGCCAGGUGAAGUUCUGCACCUUCAACCAGUCCAGCAUCCACCUCCGCAACGUGGCCCUCUGUGUCCUGGAAAACUGUGAGUUCAUUGGCAGUGAGAACGCCUCUGUAACUGUGGAGGGCUGCCCGAGCUCUGACCGCAACUGGGCCUGCAAGCACCUGGCCAUGCUGGCCAAGUCCUGCGCAGCAUCCAUGCAGGAGCCUGACCCAGCCGGCUGCCCUGUGGCCAAGCAGAACAGCUGGGGAGAAUCGCUGCUGGGACCAGUGGGAAGAUGUGAGAUUGUCGUAGGGGAAGAACGAAGCAGCUUUCUCUCUGCAGUGAGUGCUCAAGCCCUCCUCGGCUUAGCCCAGGAGGACACUGAACUUGGAGAGAACCUGUGGGCAGCAAAGGAGGAGGAGUACCCGGCCCUUGACUCAAACUCCAGUGACAGUGACUUAUGCAGCGACGACGAAGAGGAUGCUCAGGCUGUGUACAAACUGCCCUACCAAGCCCACAGCCUGAGUCACACGCUUGCUGAUGUUACAGACAGAAGGCUUCAAGGCAACAGACUGCAUGCCCUUCAGAGGGACCUUAAACUCAAGUCUCUGCAGCAGGAGCUGCAGCAGGACAAGGAAGCCCAGUCUUUGGCCAACUCUCUGCAAGGCUGCAUCAUCCGGCAGUGCCUUUUCAGGGAUGGGAAAGGAGGAAUCUUCAUUUAUUCACGAGGGCAAGCAAAACUGGAAGGAAGCAUCUUCAGGGAUCUGACCUAUGCAGUGCGCUGCAUACAAAACAGUAAGGUUAUCAUGCUGAGGAAUGACAUCCACCAUUGCAAAGCAUCGGGGAUAUUCCUGCGCCUGUCGGCAGGAGGCCUGAUUGCUGACAACAACAUCCAUUCCAACUGUGAGGCUGGAGUGGACAUUCGUAAGGGAGCCAACCCCCUUGUUCUGUGCAAUAAGAUACACAGUGGCCUUCGCUCAGGCAUUGUCGUCGUUGGCAACGGAAAAGGCAUCAUCCGUAGCAAUCAGAUCUAUGGGAAUAAAGAAGCUGGCAUUUAUAUUCUGUAUAAUGGAAACCCUGCUGUGAGUGGGAACCAUAUUUUCCAGGGACUGGCUGCUGGAGUAGCAGUGAAUGAGAACGGGAGAGGCCAAAUCACAGGGAACAUCAUCUGCGAGAACCAGUGGGGUGGGGUGGACAUCCGCCAUGGGGGCAACCCCAUUCUCAGGAACAACCUCAUCUUCUGCGGCUACUCAGACGGCAUGGUGGUGGGCGAGCGUGGGAAGGGCCUUAUUGAAGGAAACGCCAUCUACGGCAACAAGGGCUGCGGCGUGUGGAUGAUGUCCUCCAGUCUCCCACACCUCGUCAACAACCAGAUCAGCCACAACAGCAUCUACGGGGUGGCGGUGUUCUGCCACAAGGACGAUGCUGGCAACUACACCCCUGGCCAGGGGGCCAGCGAGAGCUUCCAGGAGGAGACAGAGGGUGCCAGUGGGGAGAACAACCCAGACAGCGAGGAGGAGUACCCAGCUGCCCGACAUCCCAUCAGUGUGGCGCUCGUGGAGUUGAACAGAAUCAACCACAACGGAGCUGCUGGGUUGUAUGUCAAGAGCAGCGAAGCACUCAACAUCAUCGCCAAUGUAAUUCACGCCAACCAUGACGGUGGGGUGGCGGUGCUGCAGAGCAGCCAGCUGACACACAUCACAAACAACAGCAUUUCCUGCAACAGCCGGGGAGGCGUGCUGGUUGAGGCCAAGUGCCAAGUGGAGCUGCGAGGCAACGGCAUCUAUGACAACAGCAGCCAUGGCAUUGUUUCCAAGGGAGAGGGUGUCAUUGCAGAGAAUGACAUCAUUGGCAACCACAGGUGUGGCAUCCAGCUGCUCCAGGCAGCAGACAUGAAGGUGACCAAGAACAGGAUCCAGUCCUUUCGGGACUAUGGGAUUGCUCUCUUUGAUGAAGCCAAAGGCCUGGUGCAGGAAAACCUCAUUUUCCAGGGGAGAUCCAAGAAAUCCAUUUUGAGACCAAUAUCAAAUGCAGAGGAUUGUGACAUCCAAAACAACAUGCUUCUCACCUUCAAGAAAAGGAUCAUGGAUUUUCCAGGACACUUUGAGCAAAUCUUUCAGCAGCUCAACUACCAGAGGCUUCACGGCCAACUUUGUGACUGUGUCAUUGUGGUGGGAAACAGGCAUUUCAAAGCCCAUCGCUCUGUUUUGGCAGCAUGUAGCACACAUUUCCGAGCUCUGUUUACUGUAGCAGAAGGGGAUCAGACUAUGAAUAUGAUUCAGCUGGACAGCGAAGUGGUGACAGCAGAAGCUUUUGCUGCUCUGAUAGACAUGAUGUAUACUUCUACACUAAUGCUUGGGGAGAGCAAUGUUAUGGAUGUCUUGCUGGCUGCUUCUCACUUACAUUUGAACUCUGUUGUUAAAGCAUGCAAACACUACCUUACUACCAGGACGCUGCCAAUGUCUCCACCGAGUGACAGAGUUCAAGAGCAAAAUGCACGCAUGCAGAGGUCUUUCAUGCUCCAGCAGCUUGGACUGAGCAUUGUGAGCUCUGCGUUAAAUUCCACUCAGAGCACAGAGGAACAACCAAAUACCAUGAGCUCCUCGAUGAGAAGUAACAUCGAACAGCGCACUACUUUUCCUAUCCGUCGUCUCCACAAACGUAAACAGUCUUCUGAAGAUCGGGCCAGACAGCGCAUCAGGCCUACCAUGGAUGAGUCCGUUUCCGAUGUGACUGCUGAGAGCGGGCAGUCAGUAGUUCAUUCACGGGAAGAUUUCUUCUCGCCCGAUUCACUGAAGAUUGUGGACAACUCUAAGGCCGAUGCUGUUGCUGAUAACCAGGAGGAUAAUACUAUUAUGUUUGAUCAGUCUUUCAGUGCUCAGGAAGAUGCUCAAGUGCCCAGCCAGUCUGACAACAGUGGAGGAAACAUUUCACAGAUGUCCAUGGCAUCCCAGGCAACACAGGUGGAAACCAGCUUUGACCAGGAGGCUGCUUCUGAGAAGAACAACUUCCCAUGUGAAAAUCCGGAGGUCAGUCUGAAUGAAAAAGAGCACAUGAGGGUGGUAGUGAAGUCUGAGCCCUUGAGUUCCCCAGAGCCUCAAGACGAGGUGAGCGAUGUCACUUCCCAAGCAGAGGGCAGUGAGUCUGUUGAAGUGGAAGGAGGAGUAGUGAGCGCAGAGAAGAUAGAACUGAGUCCUGAGAGCAGUGAUCGUAGCUUUUCUGACCCACAGUCCAGUACUGAUAGGGUGGGAGACAUCCAUAUUAUGGAGGUGCCAAAUAACUUGGAACACAAGUCUACUUUCAGUAUCUCAAAUUUUCUAAAUAAAAGCAGAGGUGGUGGCUUUGGUGCUAGUCAAAACAGUGAUGACAACAUUCCAAAUACCACCAGUGACUGCAGAAUGGACAGUGAUGCCUCUUAUUUGAUGAGUCCAGAGUCGGGGCCUGCUGGUGGCCAUUCAUCCGCCACCGUCUCUCAUGUCGAGAAUCCAUUUAGUGAGCCUGCAGACUCUCAUUUUGUUAGACCAAUGCAGGACGUGAUGGGUCUCCCCUGUGUACAGACUUCUGGGUACCGGGCGGCAGAACAGUUUGGCAUGGAUUUUCCACGGUCAGGCUUGGGCUUGCACUCCCUGUCAAGGGCAAUGAUGGGCUCAGUAAGAGGUGGAGCUAGCAGCUUUCCUGGUUAUCGCCGCAUAGCCCCCAAAAUGCCUGUGGUGACCUCUGUCAGGAGCUCCCAGCUGCAAGAUAACUCCUCCGGUUCCCAGCUGAUCAUGAAUGGGACCACUUCGUUUGAAAAUGGGCAUCCGUCACAACCUGGUCCACCACAGCUGACAAGGGCAUCUGCAGAUGUCCUUUCGAAAUGCAAGAAGGCCUUAUCUGAGCACAACGUCUUGGUUGUAGAAGGUGCACGCAAGUAUGCAUGCAAGAUCUGCUGCAAGACGUUUUUGACCUUGACAGACUGCAAGAAACACAUCCGUGUGCACACAGGAGAAAAGCCUUAUGCCUGCCUGAAGUGCGGCAAGCGGUUCAGCCAGUCCAGCCACCUGUAUAAACACUCCAAGACAACCUGCCUGAGGUGGCAGAGCAGCAAUCUGCCUAGCACUUUGCUUUAACCUUCUCCACUCCAGGCCUGAAGGAGAAUACCAGUGCAGACGUCUAGUUCCCUGAAGCACCACAGGAACACAAACACUAUUUUUUUCAAGGCUGCAGGCUCAGAGGCUGCUCUUGUUGGUCAGUGAACACUUAGGUGUGAUUGUGCCACACACACAAAAGUCUUGGUUCUGUCAAUUGGGGAUAUUACUGUACCUACCUCACAGGGGUGUUGUGAGGCUUAAACAGCUGUAAGUGAAGAACUUGGAGAUCCUCAGAAGUCACAUGUAGAUGUGUCAGGUGUUAUAUGAUGUAUGUUCAGGCCUUGGGCUGAUGGGGAUACAAUCCCUACAGCUAAGCAGUUCCUUUGCAGGGCAGAGGGGUGAGAGCGUGGUUAUCUCAAUAAGUAGCAAGUUUCAAGAAUGAGAAACUGAAGUGCAAAUUUCCUCUUUUUUUUUUUUUUUUAAAGUAUUUUGUAAAAGUGAAAGCAUUUAAAUAAAUGACCUGUAAAACAAGUUACUGCAUUAUGUAUGGACAGUAAUGCAAGAGCUGUUCACUGUUACUAAUAUAGAGUGCAUAUCUUUGAAAGAGAAAAACAACUUUGGAUGCACCUGUCUGACAUAAUGCUUUAAAAUAUGCUAAUUAUAAAAAUAGUUCUAGGGUUAUGAAUGUAUGUUUGGCUGUUUUGUAGUAAAGGACACUGUGUAAUGAAGGUGCUUAAAUUAAAUCCAAGACAAGUAACUUUUGGACUGCCAGAUGUAUGUAUACUUUGAAUACAGCAAGAUCUGGAUGUUUGAUUUUUUUCUGUAGAAACUCGUAUUAAGUGAUAAGUGAAGUACUGUUUCUUGUUCGUGCUAUUCUUAGCAGUAUUUUAACCAAUUUGUAUCUCCUAUGUUAAAAUUCUAUAGACAUAGAAGUCUGAAAAGAGCUUGUCUUUGUCUGCUUUGUUAUUUUGAAGGAGAGAGUUAAUUUGUGAUGGCCUUUUUUACUGUGUAAGAUAGUCUCUUGCUGUUUCCAGAUGCUGGUAGUCAAAUCUGAUCCCCGUUAUUGCGUAAGCAUAUUGUCCUUUUCUGACACUUUUCAGGCUUUAAUUUCCUCUUCUGCUCACUUACUUUACUUCACAACUAUGGAUUGUUCCUCAGAUCAAACCAGUCAGGUAUGAUCCUCAUUUGCCAGAUUUAUUUAUGUCUGUCUAUAAAAUGUAGUUGUCAAAUCCAGUCCUUCCAGUUAGUGUCAUAAAUUUAAAAAAGCAUAAAUUUAAUUUAAAAAAUAGCACUGUACACUUUGUAUAGCAGAAAUUCAGUGAUUGCUAUUAUUCAAGUGAAUUGUGUAAAUCUUGUUUUAAUUUCCUCUUCUUUGAUACCAUUGUAGCUAAUACUGUGUGCCGUCUCUUUUUUUCUUUGUUAAACAUGCACAUGAACUAACUACUGGCCUUCAGUCUAUUAGGUUUCUAAAUAAAAUUUUGGAGCACUUUGCUGAUAAAUGUUGCUCUAUCAUACAGGAGCUGGGUCAGGGCUACAGCGUGUCCAUUCUGCUCAGCAGAGACAGAGGAUUUGCAUCUCCUGGUAUCUAAGCCAGAGAGCAACAGCUUUCCAUUAAUAUUAAAAAAUUUAGCAAACCUUCCCCUCUUUAUUUUAUUCUGUAUAGCAAAUGUAUCCUGUGUGAUGAUACUCAGCAGUUCUAUGGAGUUUGUGCUACCUAACAGUUAGCCUUCUUAAACAUCUUGGAUUUAGAUUUGGAUAAACUGAAAAUAAAAUCCUAAUCCACAGUCCUGUAGGUCACUUAGCAGGAUGAACUGUCAAAACUGUUGAAGCACAGAAACCAAACAGUCAUUGUCAGACCAAAGGAAACAUGGAAAUCUUUCUGUACUUGGCUUUAUGUGAAGUAGUAGUCCGCUAAUGAAGAAAUGUGUCUUCAUCUGUAAUUACACUGCUUCACAUUGAAAAAAAAUAUUGCCAAAUGUCUGUCAAUAUGUCAUUUGCACCUUGAGCAUCCAAGGUAAACAGGAACAUGGAAACAUAGUAAAUGAUGGGAUUAAUUCCUUUAAAAUGUUAAGAUUUUGUUACAGGACUUAGUAACGGUCAUAUUUCUGGCUCUUGAUUUUAUAAGUAUUAGGGAAAUAUGCUGCAUUUUUAAGAAGCAUUAAGAUAUGCCACAUUUUGUUUAAUGAUUUUGAUAUCAGGGGACUAACAGCAUUGAACUAUACUAAACAAUCUCACUGAAACAUCAAUAAAAUGCAGUAUUUUGUACUUUAA